UGUGAUUAUUUAUCAAGAGUUCUGUUUUUGACUGAAUCCUCGGUAGGUGUAAUGCUCCCCGCCGCCGGCAGGGGGCGCCAACAGCCCGAGUCCUCAUUCAUUUCCACACGGAGAGAAAGAUGGCGGAGCGGAGCCGGAGCGGCUGAGCUGCGGGCGCCUCGAGCAGAGCAAAAGCGCACGGAGUCACCGUGGGAGGGUGGCGUCGUGUCGGGAGGAAGGAGGCCCCUCUGGUUAACCUCUGACCAGGUCUGUGUUGGGUUUUAUCCACCGAACGAGGCGAUAAAAGCAGCGGGGAGCACCGAGAAGAAACCAUGAGCGGGGAAAUGGUGUGCGGCGCUCAUUCGGUGGCCGUGUUGAGCUGCUCCAGAUCAGCCGUUCUCGAUGAGAAGUCGGCGGUCCGUUUGGCUCAGGAGGGCGGCCGCCCCCCGGUUUCCGACCCGGUUUGGACCGAGCCGCCGCCGCCGAAGCUCCACUGCCUCCGCGGCCCCGCCGAGCUCCCCCUGUCGCUAGGCAACGGCCUGAGCCACGCUCCGCUCCACGCCAAGAACGGCGGCGGCCUCCUCAGCCACCAGCGCAGAGCCGCCCGCUCCGGAGCCAACGGGAAGAAGUCCUCCCGCCGAACGGCAGCAGGAAAGAACUCCCAGAACCGAAAAGUCACCGACUUCUUCCCAAUUCGACGGAGCUCCAGGAAGAGCAAAACGGAGCUGAAGUGCGAACAGAAGAAGCUCAUAGACGACCUCAUCACGAACGGAAUAGAGGAAGGAAUGGAGGUGCAGCACAUGGAGGGGAAGGGCCGGGCGGUGUUUGCCACCCGCUGCUUCCAGAAGGGCGACUACGUGGUGGAGUACCACGGAGACCUGCUGCAGAUCACCGACGCCAAGAAGAGGGAGGCCGAGUACUCCCAGAACCCGGCCACCGGCUGCUACAUGUACUACUUCCAGUACCUCUGCAAAACCUACUGCGUGGACGCCACCCGGGAGUCUGGCCGCAUGGGCCGGCUCAUCAACCACAGCAAGAGCGGGAACUGCCAAACCAAACUGCACGACAUCGAGGGCGUGCCCCACCUCAUCCUGGUGGCGUCCCGGGACAUCCAGCGCGGCGAGGAGCUGCUCUACGACUACGGCGACCGCAGCAAGGCGUCCAUCGCCGCCCACCCGUGGCUCAAGCACUGACCGCCGGGAUCCUGACCGCUACUAAAAUGCCUUAGAAACCGAAUGUCUGCCCCUCUCUCGUUUUGGCCCAGGUCCCGGAGGAGUCCCGUCCUUUCAGCUUGUUUUUGUUUUUGUAUGUUUUGUAGGCAGACGGACGCAGGAGGUAGUAAAACGCUCUGCAUCUUUUAUACCGCUUUUUAAAAAAAAAAACAAAGGAAAAAAGAAAAAGGAAAACAGGAGAUGUUAGACCCCUAGCAAUACGGAGCCGGCGGUUUUAAGGAAGGCUGGACAGAGGACGGUCGGAAGGCGAACCUUCAAACUCAAAAGGUCACACCAGUGAAAUGAAAUGACUUGUACAAAAUAUAUUUUUGUUUUGUUUUUUUAUUAGGAUAUGAUGUAUUUUUUAAUAUCGUGGAGGAA